UGAGUGUCCUUGUCUCCCAAUAUCUGAGGUGUCCUGGGUGUCCCCCCCCCAUCUUUGGGGACCUUGGAAUGUCCUGGGUGUCCCCCCCCCAACUUGGGGUUCUUGAGGUGUCCUUGUCUCCCAAUAUCUGGGUGUCCCCCCCUACCUUGGGGGUCCUGAGAUGUCCUUGUCCCCCAAUAUCUGGGUGUCCCCCCCCUAUCUUGGAGAUCCUGAGAGUCCUUGUCCCCCAAUAUCUGGGGUGUCCUGGGUGUCCCCCCCUAUCUUGGGGACCCUGAGGUGUCCUUGUCCCCCUACCUUGGGGGUCCUGGGGUAUCCUGGGUGUCCCCCCCCAUCUUUGGGGACCUUGGGGUGUCCUGGGUGUCCCCCCCCACCUUGGGGGUCCUGAGGUUUUCUGGGUGUCACCCCCUGUCUUUGGGGGUCUUGAGGUGUCCUUGUCCCCCACCUUGGGGACCUUGGGGUGUCCUGGGUGUCCCCCCCCCAACUUGGGGGUCCUGAGGUGUCUCUGUCCCCCAAUAUCUGGGUGUCCCCCCCUAUCCUGGGGAUCCUGAGUGUCCUUGUCUCCCAAUAUCUGAGGUGUCCUGGGUGUCCCCCCCCAUCUUUGGGGACCUUGGAAUGUCCUGGGUGUCCCCCCCCAACUUGGGGGUCUUGAGGUGUUCUGGGUGUCACCCCCUGUCUUUGGGGGUCUUGAGGUGUCCUUGUCCCCCACCUUGGGGACCUUGGGGUGUCCUGGGUGUCCCCCCCCAACUUGGGGGCCUUGAGGUGUCCAUGUCCCCCAAUAUCUGGGGUGUCCUGGGUGUCCCCCCCCAUCUUGGGGACCCUGAGGUGUCUCUGUCCCCCAAUAUCUGGGUGUCCCCCCCUAUCUUGGGGACCCUGAGGUGUCCUUGUCCCCCAAUAUCUGAGGUGUCCUGGGUGUCCCCCCCCAUCUUUGGGGACCUUGGGGUGUCCUGGGUGUCCCCCCCCAACUUGGGGGUCCUGAGGUGUCCUUGUCCCCCAAUAUCUGGGGUGUCCUGGGUGUCCCCCCCCCCCACCUUGGGGGUCUUACGGUGUCCUUGUCCCCCAAUAUCUGGGUGUCCCCCCCACCUUGAGGGUCUUGAGGUGUCCUUGUCCCCCACCUUGGGGACCCUGGGUGUCCCCCCCAUCUUUGGGGACCUUGGGGUGUCCUGGGUGUCCCCCCCUACCUUGGGGGUCUUGAGGUGUCCUUGUCCCCCAAUAUCUGGGGUGUCCUGGGUGUCCCCCCCCACCUUGGGGGUCCUACGGUGUCCUUGUCCCCCAAUAUCUGGGUGUCCCCCCCACCUCGAGGGUCUUGAGGUGUCCUUGUCCCCCACCUUGGGGACCCUGGGUGUCCCCCCCCAGUCUUUGGGGACCUUGGGGUGUCCUGGGUGUCCCCCCCACCUUAGGGGUUUUGAGGUGUCCUUGUCCCCCAAUAUCUGGGUGUCCCCCCCCACCUUGGGGACCCUGAGGUGUCCUUGUCCCCGAAUAUCUGGCGUGUCCUGGGUGUCCCCCCCCAUCUUUGGGGACCUUGGGGUGUCCUGGGUGUGUCCCCCCCCCACCCCAUCUUGGGGUCCUGAGCUCACCUUGUCCCCCCCAUCUUGGAGACCUGGGGGUCCUGGGGUGUCCCCAUCCUGCCCCCCCGCUUGGGUCCCCCCAUCUCCAUCAUCUUGGGGGGUCCCCCUGUCCACCCCCCCCCCAAUUUGGGAUCCCCCCCUGGGGUCUGGGGAUCCUGGGGUGUCCCCCCCCUCCCCAGCUCCCCCUGUCCCCAUCAUCUUGGGAGGUCCCCCUGUGUCCCUCCCCCCCCAAUUUGGGGUCCUCUUCGGGGUCUGAGGGGUCCCCCUGUCCUCACCCUCCCCCCCAUUUUGGGGUCUCCCCCAGGGUCUGGGGUGUCCCCACCCUUCCCCCCCCCCGCGGGUCCCCCCAUCCCCAUCAUCUUGGGGGGUCCCCCUGUCCACCCCCCCCCCCCAAUUUGGGGUCCUCCCCAGGGUCUGGGGAUCCUGGGGUGUCCCCCCCCUCCCCAGCUCCCCCUGUCCCCAUCAUCUUG